UAGUCGUUCCAUUGAAAUCCUGAUGAAUCACAUGUGAUGGACAAUGCGCCAAAUUUUGUAAAAUUUUUUCAUUAUUGAAACCUGUUGUUUGAUAAUCCACAAUGAAUCUUUUACCAAAAUCAGCGAAAGAAUUUGCAACUAAAGAAUAUUGGGAUAAAUUUUUUCAAAAACGAAAAGAUUCAUUCGAAUGGUAUGGCAAUUAUGAUGAAAUCAAACCACUAUUGUUACAAUAUUUGAAACCGAAUGAUAAUUUUCUCAUUAUUGGUUGUGGUAAUUCAACAUUGAGUGUUGAUCUUUUCGAUGAUGGCUACGAGAACAACACUAGUAUCGAUAUCAGUGAAAUUGUUAUCAAUAAAAUGAUUUCCAAAUAUAAAUCGAAUGGAAUUCGUGAACGACUGCAAUUUGAAUGUAUGGAUAUGAUGCAGAUGAAAUAUUCGAAUGAAUCAUUCAAUAUUGUUAUCGAUAAAGGUACAUUGGAUGCUGUUUGUUCCGAUGCUGAUAUCGACAUUGACAAAAUGUUUGCUGAAAUUUCAAGAGUUUUAAAAUAUUUUGGCCGUUAUGUUUGUAUAUCAUUGUUACAGGAACAUGUAUUGGAAAGAUUGUUACAUUGGUUUAUCAUUGAAAAUCCAAACUGGAUUUGUCGUAUCCAUCGUUGUCAGCAAAUAAUGCGGCAACAACAACAGCAGCAAGAUUUGGAUUUUGUCAAUUUUCCUGUAUUCAUUGUAACUUGUUUAAAAAUGAAAACAAAACUUCCAGAACCGUAUUGUGAAUUGGAUAUGAAUGGCGAAAGAAAAUUUAAAAAAAUUCAUAAUCCAAUUGGCGAAAUGCCCACCAUAAUACGAUCAUUGCAACGGAUGGAAUUACUUAAAUAUAUGAUACGAAAUGGUAAAAUCGAUGAUGAUAAUUUCAAUAUUGAAUUAUUCGAUGAUUCCAGCAACAGCAAUGAUUGCCGUUACAAGUUUUAUUUUGUACAAAAAUCUAUCAUUGUUCGCUCGAACAACAACAACAUCAGGUGUUCAGUAUUCAUUGUUCCACAAGGACGUGAACAUGAAUGGAUGUUUGCCACGGGCAAAGGUAGAAUAGAAUUAUUGAAACAAUGCCGUUGUGAUCGUUUAAUCGUAGUGUUUCUAAGUCGUAAACAUCAUUAUGAAAAUAUGGAAAGUAUCAAAAAUGAUUUGGGCAAUAAAUUACAGGAAUUUUUCCCCUUGUCAUCAUCAUCGGAGAAGAAAAUUGCCUUCCUCAGCAUUGGUGAAGAUAUUGGUGAAAGAACUGUAGUAUGGGAAGGUAACAGUGAAUUUAAUGGACAAAUGUUUGUGGAAGAUGUAUGUAUCGAUAGCCAAAUGUAUAGACGUCUAGUAUUUGCUAGCAAUCACAAUAUCAUUCAAUCUGAAGCAAGAUUAAUGAAAUCUAAAAAACACGGACCAUCAUCAAUAUAUCGAUGUCAACAAGAUUUUCUUUCCUGUGAUCAUCAUCAAUAUAUUGCAGCUGGUUUGGCCAUAAUUAAUAGACCAUUUAAAAAUCAAUACAAUCUUUUAAUGAUUGGUUUAGGUGGUGGUUGUUUCAUCAGUUUUCUAGCUAAUAAUCUAAAAUCCUACGAUGAUAUCAUUUUACAUGUGACAGUAGUGGAAAUUGAUCCAUUAUUGGAACAAGUUGCUAGAAAAUAUUUUGAUUUCGAUAGAAAAACUCGAAAAAAUGUCCAGAUUAAUAUUGUAAUCGAUGAUGGUCUACAAUAUCUGCGAACAAAAUCUCAGGAAAAUGAAAAGUUUGAUUUCAUCAUAUUCGAUGUAGAUAGUAAAAAUCUCGAACUUGGCGUUAGUUGUCCACCAACAGAAUUUGUUGAAAAUGAAUGCUUAAAUCAAGUACAAUCACUACUUGGCGAUGAAGGCAUUUUCAUUCUGAAUUUAGUGGCUAGAAAUGAAGAUUUAAAACAAGAAAUUUAUGAACGUUUAAAAUGUUUAUUUAAUCAUCGUUUCCGUUGGAAAGUGGAUGAAGAUGUAAAUGAAAUUUUAUUUGCAACAAAUAUAGAACAGUUGGAAUGGUUACGUAAAGAUUGGAAUUCAAAUAGUCGAUAUGAUUAUAUACGGAAAUCAUGUUUUCAUAUUGAUUUAUUGGCUGAAACAUAUCGUAAAAUGUGUCUGAAACUAACAUUUUGUUAA